AUGUACUCGAAUGGAAUUAACAAGUGGAGCUCCAACCGUACCGAUUGGAUUUCUGGAAAUUUCGACGUGAGCGAGACGUUCUCGAUAAUUCUGAGUAGCUGCCAAGCAGUGGGAGUACUGCAAUCCCAAGUUGAAAAAGAAUCUGAAAAAACUUGGAUAUCUCAGCUCGAGGAUAUCAAUCUGAAUCUUGUGAAGUGA